ACAGCCUCGGCGGUUUGACCUGUUUUGAAAUCAAAAUAUUUUCUCACACGUCUUGCAAGAAAAUUGGAAAUUGUUUUUUCAUUAUAUAACAUAAUAUGCAAACGUAAUAUAAUAACAGUAUGAGUGAAUGCUGUGCUACAUAUGAGCAUCCAGGAUGCACACCGGAACAGCCGUGCCGCAAACUGACUCCAUUAACACUAAAGCAACCUGGGGCCUGGGAGAUGUUUAAGUUGCUUAUGUGGAAGAACAGCUUGCAGCAGGUGCGACGUCGAGGGCAGACCAUCGCAGAACUGCUGAUUCCCAUGUUCACUAUGGCAUUAAUACUGAUCAUUCGUUGGCAAGUCGAACCCAUCAUUAUGGGUGUCACCAAAUAUCCUAGAUAUAGGGCUGACACCUUAAAUUAUUCCUUACCUAUUUUAUAUAAUAUGAACCUUAGUGAAUUGUCAAUUGCGUAUUCACCUCGGAGUCCAGUAUUAGAAGAAGUGGUAAAGGGUGCAAUGUCAAAAUUAUUUGACGCGAAUCAUGAUGUAAUAAAAAGAGCGAUGUCUAAUCAAAUAAAUUUGCCCAACUUGACCAUAGUAAACAACACAAUUAUAUUACCCAGCAAUGUUUCUGGUAUUGACCUAAAGUGGAAUAUCACACUGCCAGAUAAUAUUACAUUGCCUAUAAAUGCGACUGUACAAGACUUUCUGGCCACAUUGAUCAAGAACGAAAUACUGAAAAGCUUAUUAAAUAUCAAGGCUUACAAUACGAGCUCUGACCUGAAACGUGUAUAUUUUAACGAAAAAGCGACUCGUGCGGUGAUAUGUGCUAUAGAAUUUAAUGACUCACUUGCAGGAAAAACAUUGAGUGGAAAGGAAAAAGAAGAAGACUCUGUUAAUUGGGCAACUAGAUUCUUAACAGUUAAUGACGUAUUUAUUUCACCGAAUCCAGCUACCCCCGAAAUCAGAAUAAUUCUACAAAAG